CAGCCGUAAACUAGUACGAUCAGCGAUCGAGAAAAUGGCGGCUGACGCGGGAAACUUGGUGACGGAACAGCUGAUUGAAUGCAUGAACUUCGCUGCUGUUAAACACAGAAAUCAGCGUAGAAAGGAUCCUGACAAGACUCCGUACAUCAACCAUCCUCUAGGUGUUGCCUACAUUCUUAUGAAGGAAGGAGGAAUUACAGAUGUCCAGGUGCUACAGGGUGCCUUGUUACACGACACAGUGGAAGACACGGAGACCACCUUCGAGGAGAUCGAGGAACUCUUCGGCUCGGAGGUUCGCGGCAUCGUUGCCGAAGUCACGGACGACAAGACGCUCCCCAAGAUGGAGCGCAAACGUCUCCAGGUCGUCAACGCCCCCAAGAAGAGCCACAAGGCCAAGUUGGUCAAGCUGGCGGACAAGCUGUACAACCUCCGGGAUCUGGAGCGAGCCACUCCGGAGGGCUGGACCACGGAGCGCGUGAUGGAGUAUUUCCGCUGGGCAGCACAGGUCGUGGAGGGGUUGAGGGGAACCAAUCAGAUGCUAGAAAACAAGCUGGAUGAACUGUUUAAGGCCAGAGGAAUCUUGCCUGAAACAUGAUAAUUAUGAUGUUUACAUUCCAAUUAUGAAAGAAUGUUUUUGUCAUGGUCUCAGAGUGCUAUGAAUAUACAUUUGUAUAUUUUAUACCUAGACUUGUCCGAUGAGGAAACUUUUUUUUUACUCUCAGCAGUCUGUUAGUGACAGUGUUCUAUAUUAACAACUUUGGAAAUGAUGUAAAUUUAGGUGACUACCUGUGAUUUUGUAGGGUAGAUAGCAGGUUCUUGUGAUAAACUCUCUGGUGAUUCAAAUAGAAAUUUAAUGCAGAUGAAUAUUGAAAAAAGCUGAUGUCUGAAAACCAAAGUCAAACUUUUCUUGUGUAUUUAGUACAGGAAUAAAAAAAUGAUCAAUUGUCA